CACAAGUAGUGGUGUUGUGUAUAUAAAUAAACAAAGCAGCUGAUGUUUUGUUUUGGAAAAGAUUUGUUUAGUUUGGAAAAAUAUGAGUGCUUUUCGGUUUUAUUCUAAGGUGGCCGCCAAUGAUAUUUAUCCACAUACAACGUUAAAGAUAUUCCGAAAUAAUAAACCAUCGUUAAAGUCACAACAAAAUGUUGGAAAGAAGAUUACUAAACAAAACGAAGUACAAAACACCGAACCCGCUACUGUUCCUCAUGAUGUCGAUUUAAAGAGAAAUCACCAAAUAAAGAAUGGUGCAUGCGGUGAAUAUUACGAAAAUGUGGUCAAAAUUCAAAUGCUUUCCAAAAAUUUGCACGCACAGUUGUUUCCUAAUUGCCGCCGUGAUGAUGAAAAUGUGGAAGAUAGAUCUGUACAAAUGAAACAAGAUCUGAAGAACCAUGGCAUCGAUAUAGAAAGUACCGAAAUGUUGGAUGAUGUUACGCUAAAACUGCCACCAUUGAAAGGUAAAAAUCUAGAGGAACAUUUCAUGUUAAUUGGACAGCAACAAAUAAGGCCUUACAGGGAUCUUCUCGGCCCUUUAUUGGAAAAUAAGUCUUUGCCCCAAAAACCCGAGAAAUGGUCUUUGCAGGAAGGAUGGACCAUAUAUGACCCGGGAACUGGAAAACCAUGUCCGAUAGAAUAUCCACUUGAACAUGGUUUAGUUUUGGACAUAGAGGUAUGUCUUGCAGAAGGACCCACGCCGAUUCUUGCCACAGCUGUGGGCAGCAAACAUUGGUAUUCUUGGGUAAGUCGCCGUUUAGCAUCGGAGCAACCGGAAAUGAGAGUAACACAAAAGAUACCUCAUCAUAGUACAGAAGAAUUUAUACCUCUCGGUAACAAAGGUCCAAAAAUUGUAAUUGGUCAUAAUGUUUCGUAUGACCGCGCUCGUUUAAAGGAACAAUAUCUGAUAGAAGAUACAAAAAUUCGUUUCUUGGAUACUAUGUCACUUCAUGUAUGCGUAAGUGGCGUGACAAGUUAUCAAAGGGCACUAAUGAAAUCGAAAAAAGAACCCGCUCCGGAGGAUAUGGACUGGUUAAGCCAGAGUUCUCUUAAUAGUCUUGCCGAAGUACACCGUUUGUACUGUGGUGGCCCAAUGCUAAGCAAGGAGGAACGGAAUGUUUUUCUGGAGGGAAAUUUACAGGACGUACGCAGAGAUUUUCAAUCACUUAUGACGUACUGUUCCAAUGAUGUGGGUGCCACCCAUCAAGUAUUUCGAGUACUGUUUCCGCUAUUUGAAGAAAGGUUUCCACAUCCAGUGACAUUGGCUGGUAUGUUGGAAAUGGGUUCAGCAUAUUUACCCGUAAAUAAAAACUGGUCUCGUUACAUAAACGAAUCGGACCUUGUCUAUGAGGAUCUAAGCAUCGAAGCCAAAUAUCAUUUGGUAAGGAGGGCUGAUGAAGCCUGCAGUUUGAUGAAAGAUGAAAAGUUUAAAAACAACUUGUGGUUAUGGGACGAGGAUUGGUCGACACAAGACCUCAAAAUUAAAAAACAAACUAUUAAAAAGAAGAGUUCAAACUUUAUACCGAAAAAAAGUGCUCCGAUUGAUGAGCCAAAAUUAUCUAAAGAAGAAAUGCGUCUACACUCUAAGUUUGAGUAUUUGUACGAUUUAAAGUCGCAAUUACCAGCUCGUCGCCCUUUAUUACCUGGAUAUCCAUCAUGGUAUCGCAAAUUAUGCCUAAAGCCACCCAAGGAUUUAUUAUCGGAUACUGAGUGGAGCUCAGGUCCUUCAGAAAUCAGUACUGGUAUGCAAAUUGCUCCAAAACUUCUUUCAUUGUGCUGGGAAGGGUUUCCUUUGCAUUAUACCAGAGAAUAUGGAUGGGGGUUUUUGGUGCCAUUUUCUUCCAAACAUUCAGAUGCACAGGACGGAGUAUCUGCAAGAAUUCCAAUUGAGGAAUUAUCUAAGCAAUGCCCCAUUCCAGAAUUCGCAAGAUCCUACGCAUCAGAACAAGAAAGUGAAUACGCAUUUGUUAAUCUUAACAAAGAAUUGGACUCUAAAUUGGGAAAACGGGAAUUUUACAGCAAAGCUUCAAAAAAAGAUCGAACUAAAGGCCUUUAUAAUGGAUCUGGUGUAUGGUGUAAUCACAUUCUGGAUAACUGUUGUUUCUUUAUUAAAUUGCCCCACAAAAAUGGCAAAACACUAAGGGUUGGCAAUCCACUAUCCAGGGACUUCCUCAAUAAAUUUUCAGAAAACGUUUUAAGCAGUGCAGAGAGUGGUAGCAACAUAGCAGGACGUAUUAUAAAAAUCGCCCGUAUGAUGUCCUAUUGGCGCAAUAAUCGAGACCGCAUUAUUGGCCAGCUGGUUGUAUGGUUAAUGCCUGAAGAAAUGCCUCAUAUUUUGAAGAACCAAUCCUAUGAAUAUGGAGCCAUAUGUCCUCAAGUGGUGACAUGUGGCACCCUGACGCGCCGUGCCAUGGAACCGACAUGGAUGACAGCAUCAAAUUCGCAAAAGGAGCGCAUUGGUUCAGAGCUACGAGCUAUGGUUCAAGCUCCACCACAUUAUAAAAUUGUUGGUGCCGAUGUAGACUCUCAAGAGCUGUGGAUAGCCUCAGUUUUGGGUGAUGCAUACGCUUAUGGUACUCAUGGUGCUACGCCGCUGGGAUGGAUGACUUUGAGCGGUACCAAAGCGAAUGGUACCGAUAUGCAUUCCAUAACAGCGAAGGCUGUUGGUAUUUCUAGAGAUCACGCCAAAGUUAUUAAUUAUGCUCGUAUCUACGGAGCUGGGCAGAAUUUUGCCGAAGGUUUGCUCAAACAGUUUAACCCAACAUUUUCGGCUACGGAAGCCCGAUCUAAAGCAUCAAAAAUGUUUGCAAUUACCAAGGGAAAAAAGAGUUAUCGAUUGAAAGCAGAAUUUCUAGAUAACCACCAAAAUCGUAGCUAUACUGGAUAUGAAGCCUUAAAACUAGCUUCUUCUAAUAACAGAGGUGUUGAUGAAAUGUUUGAAAAACCUUGCUGGGAAGGCGGCACAGAGAGUGCCAUGUUCAAUAGGCUGGAAGAGAUAGCCAGCAGAGAAGAGCCAGUAACCCCGUUUUUGAGCUGUCGUUUGAGCCGAGCCUUAGAGACCCACAACACUUCAGACGAAAACCGUUUUCUUCCCACGCGUGUCAAUUGGGUUGUCCAAAGUGGCGCAGUGGAUUUCCUACAUAUCAUGUUGGUUUCCAUGCGAUGGCUUUUGGGUGACAAAGCUAGAUUUUGCCUAAGUUUUCAUGACGAAUGUAGAUAUCUAGUUGAAGAGAAAUAUGCCUAUCAGGCAGCCUUAGCUAUGCACAUCACAAAUUUGCUUACCCGUUCAUUUUGUUCAUCGCGUCUGGGCUUGAACGAUCUACCAAUGUCAGUAGCAUUUUUCUCUUCAGUCGAAGUGGACACUGUUUUGCGCAAGGAAUGCAACAUGGACUGUGUUACACCAUCAAAUCCGCAUGGUCUACAAAUCGGCUAUGGAAUAAAACCAGGCGAAAGUCUUAGUAUUCAAGAAGCUAUAAAGAGAGCGGAAUGCAAUGACUUAAACCAAUGGGACUGGAUAAAAUAAAUAUUUCUAUACAAACAAA